AGGCACGGAGGGGGCGUGGCUCCCGAUUCCGGACUCGGGAGGACUUUCGAAAAGCUCCCGCAGCCGCCGAGGGGGAAGGAGGAGGCGGAUCAGGUGCGGCGGAUCGGGCCCCGGUCGCUCUCCCCCGCCGCUCCCCCUCGGGACCCCGGGCCCUUUAUUGACUUGGCGGCAGCAGGUGGCGGCAGCCGCGGGUUCGCAAGGAGGGAAGAAGGGCAUAUGUUGGAGAGGAUGUGGAGAGAAGUUUUGUUGUAUUUCAGCUGGCUGAAGACCUUUUGCUAAAGCUCAGUGUUGGACCUAAGAAGUUGGAACACUGAGUUUAAUAGGGCUAUUCCCGAGGGGAGCUACUAAUACUGACGGUAUGGAUCAUUCUGUGCUCCGAAGGGAGGUGCAUCAUGAGAGCUCAAAUGAAGAAUGUUCAGAGGAUGACAAGUGUGUACUGAGUCGUAUCGUGGUGACCAACAUGCCAUUGAAAUGGAAAACGAGUUCUCCUGCUAUGUGGAAAUUCCCAGUUCCUGUGCUUAAAACAUCCAGGUCGUCGCCACUUUCUCCAGCAUACAUAUCUCUGGUUGAAGAGGAAGACCCUCACAUGAAAGUAUCCAUUGGGAGCAGCGACAUGGGUGUGUCUGCCCAUCUACAAUCAUCAAAGGCAGGAACCACAAGAUUUUUCACCAGCAACACUCAUAGUUCUGUAGUACUCCAGGGUUUUGACCAGCUGCGAAUAGAAGGUUUGCUUUGUGAUGUGACACUUGUGCCAGGCGAUGGUGACGAAGUGUUUCCUGUUCAUAGGGCAAUGAUGGCAUCUGCUAGUGAUUACUUCAAGGCCAUGUUCACAGGUGGGAUGAAAGAACAAGACUUAAUGUGCAUUAAGCUCCAUGGCGUGAACAAAAUAGGUUUAAAGAAGAUCAUUGAUUUUAUUUAUACUGCAAAACUUUCUCUCAACAUGGACAAUCUUCAGGAUACUCUAGAAGCUGCCAGCUUUUUACAGAUAUUGCCUGUGUUGGACUUCUGUAAAGUUUUUCUUAUAUCUGGGGUUUCCUUAGAGAACUGUGUCGAAGUGGGGCGGAUUGCCAACACGUACAACCUCACAGAAGUGGAUAAAUAUGUGAACAACUUCAUCCUCAAGAACUUCCCAGCACUGUUAAGUACUGGUGAGUUUGUGAAACUCCCCUUUGAGCGCCUUGCCUUUGUCCUUUCAAGUAAUAGCCUUAAGCAUUGCACGGAGCUGGAGCUUUUCAAGGCUGCCUGCCGCUGGCUGCGGUACGAGGAGCCACGGAUGGAAUGCGCAGCAAAACUCAUGAAAAACAUCCGGUUCCCUCUGAUGACUCCGCAGGAUCUUAUCAACUACGUCCAAACUGUGGAUUUCAUGAGGACUGACAACACUUGCGUCAACUUGCUCUUGGAAGCCAGCAAUUACCAAAUGAUGCCCUACAUGCAGCCAGUGAUGCAGUCGGAAAGGACGGCCAUCCGUUCGGACAGCACUCACCUGGUCACGCUAGGGGGAGUGCUCCGGCAGCAGCUGGUUGUCAGCAAGGAGCUGCGGAUGUACGAUGAAAAAGCACACGAGUGGAGGUCUCUGGCACCUAUGGACGCUCCCCGCUACCAGCAUGGCAUCGCUGUUAUUGGGAACUUUCUCUAUGUUGUUGGCGGACAGAGCAAUUAUGACACGAAAGGAAAGACAGCGGUUGACACAGUGUUUAGGUUUGACCCUCGGUAUAAUAAGUGGAUGCAGGUGGCUUCUUUGAACGAAAAGAGAACCUUCUUCCACCUAAGUGCCCUCAAAGGACAUCUGUAUGCUGUUGGUGGUCGAAACGCAGCUGGUGAGUUAGCCACAGUGGAAUGCUACAACCCAAGGAUGAACGAAUGGAGCUACGUAGCAAAAAUGAACGAGCCUCACUAUGGCCAUGCCGGAACAGUGUAUGGGGGGCUGAUGUAUAUUUCAGGAGGCAUCACCCAUGACACUUUCCAGAAGGAACUAAUGUGCUUUGACCCUGACACAGACAAAUGGAUUCAGAAGGCUCCGAUGACCACAGUUAGGGGCCUUCACUGCAUGUGUACUGUCGGUGACAAGCUUUACGUCAUUGGUGGAAACCAUUUUAGAGGAACCAGUGAUUACGAUGAUGUUCUAAGCUGUGAAUAUUACUCGCCAAGCCUAGACCAGUGGACACCAAUCGCUGCUAUGCUGCGCGGUCAGAGUGAUGUCGGGGUGGCUGUGUUCGAAAAUAAAAUAUACGUUGUGGGAGGAUAUUCGUGGAAUAACCGUUGUAUGGUGGAAAUAGUCCAGAAGUAUGACCCAGAAAAGGAUGAGUGGCACAAAGUCUUUGACCUCCCAGAAUCCCUUGGAGGCAUCCGUGCUUGCACUCUGACAGUCUUCCCUCCCGAGGAUAAUACAGGCUCACCAUCUAGAGAAUCACCUCUUUCGGCCCCUUGAGACGUGGCAUCGCUGGACUUACCAUGUUGUCGCUCCAAUACCACUGCACUGCAUCAGGGAUUCGCCUAUUUGUCUUCAGUAGUAUCUUACAAGGCUUACCCUGAAGCAGCUGGCACAGUAACACAGUUGGGGGUGGGAUGUAACAAGAAGAUGGGCGUCACUUGUGGGGUUUGGUCUAGAAAGUUUUAUCGAGUGGACAGCCAAGUGCCAAGCAAAGUGAGGUUUUAUUGUUUCAUUUUGUUUUUUGAGCCAAACGCUUAAAAAAUGAGGUAUUGUCUUAGGAAAAGAAAAACCUUUGCAACAGGCGCAUAGAUGUUCUGUACUGGGUGCACGGGUCACAUAGAUCAAGAAGCCGUGUAAGUUGAGCCAGUGGGGGGGGGGGCGGGGUGUGUGUGCAAUGAAUGGGGAACCUUGUUUGCUAAGCCCUGUUGCUGGAGGACCAUCUUUCCUCGCUGCACCUCUGGAGAGAGGGGGAGCCCCUGAUGCACACAACUUUUAGCAGCUAUCUGGCCUCAGCUACCUCCCUCUUCUAAUGGAGUAUUUCAGACCUGUUUACUGACCUGACACUGGAGGUGCUUUUCAGAGGAUAUGGCAGACAAGAGAAACACAGCCUUUUUGAGACCAUUAAUAGAUAUACAAUAAGCAGACCCUGAAUCUAUAAACCAGGGUUGUUGUUUUUCUAAAUAACAUAUUAAGGGGUUUUCUUUUCCUUUUCCUUUCUGAACCUCCACAUGCAAAGUGAAAUGUGCUGGAGAUUUGUAAUUGUGUUUUUACUUUCUGUUCUCUUCCUCCUUUCCUUUCCUCUGCCCCGAAAUAAAAGCUCUGAUUCAUCAUGGGAGCCUGAGCAAUUCAUACAUUGGAGGGAGGGGGUUUGGUUCAAUUGCGCAACCCAGUAGGGUGCCUGUACUAGAUUUUGGGGUAAACAAGGGCUAGAAUCUCUUAAUUUGAAGCCACUAAAAUUUUGAGCAAAUGGUUCCCUACUUUCCCCUCCUCCUCCCUCCUCCCUCCACAACCCCCCUCCAAAUACCUUUUUGUUGGUUAAGAGAACUUGCUUCUUACACCUCUGUAUAAAAUCUCAGUUAAUAUAUGGUUGUUUAGCACAAAAUGCAGCUUUUACAGAGAGCUGCUUUUGCUCAGAGAAUUCAGACUACCCUCUUUCUUUUGUUCAAUAAAAUCUUUAACGGCA